AUGAACAUCUCACACCUCGAGCGCUUCCUGACGACCUCCCCGGACACGACAAGUGGAGCCGACGAGCCGCCGCUCGACCUGGACAACAUCUGUCUGCUCCGGGCCCGGUCGAUGCGCAAGUUCGUGCGGGCGCUGGAGAGCAUCGCGACGCGGUACGCGGGCGACGGGGACGAGGAGGCGGACGACGUGGUGGACCUGGCCCGGCUCGAGGUGGUCGAGGACCGCGGAUACAUCCGCAACCGGCUUGCCCUCCAGCCCCUCUCCUCGCCCAGCUCCAACAAGGGCAAGCAAAGGGCCGACCCCCGUCUCCAGCUCUUCGACCUCCUCGACCCUCCCUCUCACGACGCGGAUCCCGACGAAUGGGGCGAGAUUGAUGGCCAGAGCGGCGGGACGGAGGACGAGGACUACACCAUGACCAAUGCGCUCUUCGAGCGGCUCAAGAAACGCGUCCAGGAACGCGCGUCCGACAUCUCCCGCCACCGGCUCCACAAGGCCUCGACGACGGGCCGGGCAGAGGAAGAACCGUGCGGGUUUUCGUCGCCAAGCUCCGUCAUCGAUGGCCACGUCGGCCUCGCUCUCGUCGGUGCUGACGACGACGGCGCCGAUGCUUUCGCCGUACCUGAAGCGGCUGCUGCACGCGAGCGGGACGACGCGGGAGGGGCGCACGGGAGCGAUGAUGGCGGCCCCGCAGACGCCCUUGACCAGGAACAGGCCGACGAGGCCGACAGACGGGCCCGCGAAAGCUCCGAAGACCCCAUGCUCCUGCCCGCUAGCUCAAAGAAACGCAGACACUCCAAACCUCGGGCCUCGGGCCCCCCUCUGCCCUGA